AUGUCUUCAAGAAUACCAGUCACACCAAAACUUUUAUCUACGUCACCAAAUGUGAUGUCUCCAUCUGCUAUGUCUCCGUCUGCUAUGUCUCCAUCUACGAUGUCCCCAACCCAAACUCGAUAUCGUUCACGCCCUAUGGUGGACCUGAAGAAAGAUCUUCAAAAAAUAGCAGACGCGCAUCGAAAGAUCUAUGACGCUAAGAUUGCAAUCUUAGUCCGAUGGAAGGACGAUAACACCGGGGCUGAAGCCGACUGUCAGACCAUGAUUGACCUGUUUAGAAAACUACAAAUUAAUUAUCAAGUUUAUAUCAUCGACCCAGCCCACAGGGAUUACGGCGCUAAGACAACGAAUCAAGUUAAUCAAAUGAUGGAACGCUGCCACUCAUUUAACAGAGACACACUCGCCAUAUUCUAUUAUUGUGGGAACGGUGCCGACCAUAAUGGGGUGUUAAACUUCGCAUCAAAAGGCUCCCUGAUUUCCUGGCUGUUUAUCCACUGUGAACUUUUCGAAAACAAACAUCUUUACCCGAAAGUGGACGUUUUAGCCAUCCUUGAUUGUUGUUAUUCUGGGUUAGCGACACAGGGUUCAGUCAUCGGGCAGUCACAUCAAAUUUUAGCGGCGUGUCAACCCUCAGAGAUCGCGAAAAUGAGAUCUCCCCAGAGCAUUUCUUUUUCGCAAAGAAUCUUUAAAGCGGUCAUGUAUAUCAAGUCUAGGCAAAUGACAGCGUCAACAUCAGAAAUUUAUGAUCAGCUAGUUACUGAUUUGCCAAAGUCGGCACCUGAACCUAUCUUGAAGAUAAUCUGUGGAGUUGCACCGAUAACCUUUGACUUGAAUCUAGCAGGCCCGUCACCAGGAGGACCGCCAUCCAGAAUCCCUCCCUCGAUUAUCAUGAAGAAAACGCAAAAUGUUAUUGCCAAGUUAGUUGUGACCGGGGACAUAAAGAACAUCCCUGAACUCUUCAACCAGUCGAUCAGAAAUCUGCCACCUAAUAUGAGUGUUCACAUUAUUGACUGCUAUGAGAUAGACAAGUCUGCAUUGUUCUUGCUUCGAAUGUCAUAUGAAGCCUUAUCCUGGUGGCAAAUGGUUGUUGAUAUUGAAAGGAUUGGAAUCGCAAUUGGCCCGUCCUUGAAGCCUCCACAAAAUUUGGCUUCGCAUCAACUAAGCUAA